UUAUUCCAUGAAAGAUUAGUAAUGUGUAUAAAGAAUACUGUUGAGGCCUAGUCUUUUUCCAAUCAUAGCAAUUACACUUUUUAUUUUAUUGAAUGAUCUAAAGUAAAUAACUUACUCUAUGGUGCAUGUGAGGUGUGUCAGUGAACCAGGAAGUCCAGAACUUGACUCACCAUUUUAAUGAUGAUUUGAUAGGCUGUUGUGAAAAAUAUUAGUUAUUGGCUAAAUAAGCCUUUAUGAUUACGAGAAUGUUAGGCUUUGUUUUGUUAUUUCAAGGUUAAAGCCAAUAUAAGGUACAGGAGUAGGAUACAGCCACUGGUCUGUUAGUCCGAGACAAGUGAAAAUCUAGAGGGACUCGUCAUUAUCUCCCUAACUGUAAUUUUACAUCAUCCAUUAUUCCUGAAGUAAGCUGUGGACAAGUUGGAUAUGACCAUUGGCAUGUACCUCCUCACGAAGCAGUUAAUGUUCUUUACAAGCCGGAUUAAAUUUUAUAUUGGGGGAGAUAACAUGUCACCUGGUUAUCUUUCAAAGUGAUGUCGUAAUUAUCUUAGUCUGAUAUAAGACAUUUCUUGUAGCUUGAGAUAAUGCUGUGACUUUUGGGUUAGUCUGUAACAGAUUGUGUUAUUUACCAAGAAGCAAUUUUUGCCAAGGUUUCCGAAAAAAUGAGGUCCCCUCGGACUUGUUAUUCGCAGAAGCCGCAGUUGCGAAGCUAUCUUGGGGGUUUGGGUGCAUGCCCCCACCCCUCCCUUAAUCAUACAAAAAAGAGAAAAGUUCCUUUAUGUGAUAAACCUACACUCACAGUGUGGUCACUGGAGCAGAAAUGGAAUAGGGCGAUCAGAGCCUCGUAAGCUUGGGGGUUAUUGGCUAUUGUUUUCAAACAAACCUUCAGAACGGUCAACGGCCUUUCCCUUUAAUGUACUGUCAGCAAAUCAGUGUACCAUAUUCACCAUAUUAAGUGCCCUGUUGCUAUAAAUGCCCCAUGAUCAACUUAUGACAUGUCUGUAACGCCCUGUAUAAAGUAGACACAAUUUAGGACAACAGCUUCUAUAUUUCCUCAAAAGGCGACAUUUAGGUAUAGAUCCUUAUCCUGUUGUCAAGCAAGUUCAUAAACUGUGUCUUCUUUGUCAUCAGUCAACUUCUAAGUAAUGCCUAUCAAACUAUGCCCCUGAAUAAUACAGAAAAUUUACACGACGGUCCAUAUUUUCUUGUGUAUGUUACACAUUUUUUACAUAAAAUAGCAGCUUAGGAGGGGUAUAUAAUUGCCAAGUGACUAUAUAUUAUCGAAAAGGUCAAUGUUUGAACUAAGAUUGUUCACUCCUGCUUGAUCUCUGAAAACAAAUUUAAUUAAUUGUGUAUGGUUUUGAUAGGCGCCACCAUUUGUCAAUUUUCCAAGCACCCAGGGUUCUUAUUAUGGUGAAUACAGUAUUUGUCAAUUUUGUCAUUUGUCAAUUUUCUAAGCACCCAGGGUGCUUAUUGCGGCAAAUACAGUAUUUGUUCAGCAUUAUCAAUGAAUAGAGUUAGGAUAUUUGCCUGUAUACAUUAAAUGAAUUUCUGGGUAACAUUAAAUUGCAUUAAUGUUGACCAACAAAAGAACAUGAUUUUCCAAGUUGAGGACAUACUGACAUGGGUGAAAAUAUUAACCCUGAAAUGUUCCUGUUACAGAUUGCCUGUCAGAGAGAUUAAUUUCAUGUUCAUUGUAUCCAAGCUGCAAGUAGUCAGAUAGUCGGCAAGAUGGAAUUCUCUGCUGCAAAUGUGGAGCAGGCAGUGCAGCAGUUUUACUGCAAUGCCAGUCUUCAGCAUGAAGUUCACCAGUGGCUUAACUCCGCACAGAUCUCGCCUGAAGCCUGGUCAUUUUGUUUUGAACUGUUGGCACCAGAAAAAGGCCCAGAAGUUCAGUUCUUUGGUGCCAGCAGUCUUCAUGCAAAAAUUUCCAGAUACUGGCAUGAAGUCCCAUCCAACCAAUAUCUCACACUGAAACAGAAGCUGUUAGAGAAGAUCAUACAGUUUGCUAAUGGGCCCAAGAUGAUCCAAACAAGGCUGUGUGUUGCUCUGUCGUCGUUUAUCAUGCAGACAGCCCCGGAAUCCUGGGCCGAUCCUGUGGAGAAUCUCAUCACCACUUUCCAGAGGGAAGACGUCCCCAAUAUUUCUAGUUUCCAAAGGUGCCAAAUCUUGUUAGAUAUUCUAACAGUAAUUCCUGAGGAGUUUUUUGGGUCAAACCUGAGCCAACAGAGAAGGCUGUCCCUGAGAUCAGAGUUCCAGAAAGGACUUCUACAUGUGUUGACCCUCCUGCAAGGACUGCUGACCCCCCACUCGCCCACCCAGGUGUAUGCAGGUGCCCUCAAGUGUUUCUCCGGCUGGGUGGACUUCGGCAUCCCCAUCAUCGAGAGUGAGACAAUCAUCCUCCAGGUGUUUCAGUCCAUCCACAACCAGGAGCUGUUUGAGGUGGCAGUCGAGACUCUGUCCAGCGUCUUCUCCCACCCAGAAUCAUACAGGUUUCCAUACACAAUUCAGAAGUUGCUGCCCAACAUACUGAACCUUCAAGACAUGAUGAAGAAGGUCAUUGAUGAGAAGGACAUGGAGACGACAAAUGGCCUGUGUCGGAUAGUCAUGUCAUUAGCGGAGACGCACACCAAGCUGAUAGUAGAAUCCUCUCUCGGGGAGAACCAGCAACACAAGGACAAUGUCAACGAGCUCAUCCAGAUGGUGCUGAGGUUCACAUCUCUCCCAGGACACUACCCAGUGGACGAGGCUUGCAGUGACCUGUCCUUCACGUUCUGGUACAUCCUACAGGAUGAGCUUCAGGCUCUUGACGCGAGUCAGUUCCGGAUUCUGCAGCCGAUCUUCCACCGCAUCUACUUCUCGCUGAUGGAGGUGCUGUUGACCAAGGUGCAGUACCCCAACGACCAGGAGUACGAGGGCUGGUCCAGCGAGGAGAAGGAGCAGUUCCGCUGCUACAGGCAGGACAUCGGAGACACCAUGAUGUAUGCCUUCAACAUUUUGAGAGAACCCUUGAUUGGCUAUUUGUGCAAUAUAUUGAAGAAUCUCCUUCAGUCACAGGAUAUACGCUGGCAGACUCUAGAAGCAAUGUUUUUCCUGUUUGGGUCUGUUGCCGAAAGUGUAGAUUUAGAAGAAACUGUGUAUUUACCGAUGUUACUCGAGAUGCUUCCCAGGGUGCCGUUCAACAACAUCAAGCUGAUAUCAACAGCACUCUACAUGAUAGGUUCAUUUGGGGAGUGGAUGAACUGCCACCCGGACAGCCUUGGGUGUGUCAUCCCCCUCAUCCUACAAGGGCUCGGCAACAGCGAGGUUGCCACGGCAGCAACCAUGGCGCUCAAAGAUGUCACCAGAGAAAACCUUGAUCACAUACAGCCCUUCGCCCACAACAUUCUGGUGGCAAGUCAGGCAGUUUUAGAGGGAAAUUCUUUAAAGCCCCGUGACGCCCUGCGACUGAUGUCGUGUGUGGGCCAGGUGCUGUCCGUCCUCCCCUUCAAUGACAUCAUGGAGUGCCUCAACCGGAUCCUCACACCCCACAUACAGCAGUUCCAGCAGCUGGUCAAGGAGGAGCACCCCACUGCCAUGACCAAGGCCAACCUGAUCCUGAAGGUGAACCUGUUGAGUUGGUUGUUCGCCUCCCUCGACACGGAGCGAGACCACGAUGGAGACGACGGCUCACCUGAAAAACAAAAACCCAGUGCAGACCAACCUAAACCAGUAUAUGUGAUAUUGCAGCAAGUGCUUCCAAUGAUUAAAAUGAUGGUGUCUAAAUGGAUGGUUGACCCUGCCAUUGUUGAGGCAGUGUGUGAGCUGUUCAAGAAGGCGCUGCGGACGCUGAUGGAGGACUUCUCACCCAUGUCGCAGGAUGUUGCCCAGAUGACCAUUGAGAUGUACCAGGCCGUGCCCCACCCCUCCCUCCUGGAUCUUGUCAGACAGAUGAUCCUGCUGUUCGGGACGGACCCCAACUUCCUCCAGUUCACCAAGGUCCUGUUGACCACCAUCAUCAACAAGACACUGCUCAUGUACCAGGAUGCACAGGUACUGAGGGCAAAUUCUGAUGUGAUAGAAAACUUCAUGACUUUGCUGUCUCAGGUGAUGAAGAAGACCCAGCACUUGAUGACAGAUGGUAGUUGUAACCUGUCCGGUCUGUUCCAUGCAGGGAUCAUUGGCAUGGGAAUGCCGGAGCAUGGCAGCGUUAAGAGUUCCUGCGCUUUUCUGGUGGAAUUCCUCCAUGUUGGAUAUGAAGCAAAAACAAUCAAAGAUGUCAUUGAGACCAGUGGCCAACUUCUAGUGGACAGAAUUCUCAGGGCAGUAGGAGGGGAGUCUCCGAGAGGGGUGAUGGAGAACAUCGCGGAUGUCCUGCUUGCUCUCAACAAGUACCACUUCCCCCACCUGACGGCCUGGCUGACGGAGAUCAUCAACAAGGAGGGCUACCCCUCCAUCAGGGCCACCAAGAAGGACAGGGAGAAGUUCGUCAAGAAUAUUCUCAGGGAGAAGGUUAACAAGCGGAAAGUACGAGACUUGGUGAAGGAGUUCACACUGCUGUGUCGAGGUUUGUUGGGAACGGAGUAUGCAGCCCAGGCUGCAGCGUUGAUAUAAGCCCCGCCCUGAUGAUAUAUACAUUGCCUAACUGUGAUAUCCCUCCUCUCAUUGGCUGACUGAUGUCAUGUGACAGUUCAUAUCCAGUCAACAGUACCUGUAUGGUAGAGAUCCAUCUCUGUAUAUAGAGUAUAAUUUAUGUAUAUUUAUACUUUACCUGGAAUAUUUUCAAUUUGUGAUGAAAUGAUUCUGCUUUCAUGUAACAUUUUGACAAGAAAACAGCUUCUCCUUAUCAAGAAAUCAAAUAAGGAGGUAGAUCUGAACCCAUGUCCACAAAGUGAUCUUAGCACAACAGCAGUCAAAUCUCUGAUUCUUCAACAUUGAUUAUGAUAAUCAUAGUGCUAAGAUCCGUAUUUUUGAAUGGGUCUCAGGGUGCCAUUCCACAAAGUGAUCUCAGCGCCACUUCUGUCACAUCUCUGAUUCUUUAACAUUGACUAUGAUAAUCAUGCGCUAAGAUGCUUUUUUUUUAAUGGAUGUCCACAAAGCAAUCUUAGCGCUCCUACUGUCGUAAGUCUGUGAUAAAGUAUGGUUAUUAUGAUCGUCUUAGCGCUAAGAUUGUGGAAAGGCUCCUUGGAAUCUAUGAAAGAGAAUCAGUUGGACUCUAGUGCUACGACUGUUGUAACUUCCAUCCCGUGGCACUGGCUUAAGAUCAUCUUAGCGCCGAGAUCACAUUGUCGAAGAAGACCUAAAACUUGUAUUAAGGGUUGAUUUUGCUGAUCACAUAAGAUUGUAAAUGUCAUGUGUAUAGUGUAUAUAUUACCUUUUAUAUUUUGGUAGCAACAGAAAUAGAAUGAAUGUUUCAGAGGCUGAAAAGUUAAAUAUGAAUGUUAGCUGACUCUCGAAUCGUUAACUCGCCUGCUGUGUGUUGUCUCAUGAGCCCAAACAACUCAUGCAUCACAUCGACAACUUUAACAACAACCCACACACCACAUUGCCAACUUCUUAAACUAUUAAUAUGUUUCCAAACUGGCAAGUCAAUUAUACGUACCGUAUUCGACGUAAUAAGCGCCCACGUCGAGAUUUGCUAAUAUAUUGGCUGGUGAACAGUCCAAAUUAGCACCCCUUCCGACCCCUUUUCGCAUAUUAUAUGCACCGCUUCCUUCCCCUAUUUGCGUAUAAUAUGUACUCGUGUGUUAUAUGCACCCUUUAUUAUUGGCAAUUAUAUUCUGGAAAAAUAGAUCUGUCGUACAUAAACAUUUCAGGCUGUCAGCAUAAACCACGAUAUUUAUCUUUCUACUCUGUUUUUUUUUCACCAAAAUAAUAUUCUAAUAAGAGCCCCCUAUUUCUAAUUUUGAGAGCACCUUGGGCGCUUAUUACGUCGAAUACGGUAUCUGGUGCAAUGUAGCUAGCCGAGAGGACAUUUCUGGAUGUGUGUCAAUCAAAUGGUCCCUUACUUCCUUCAGACUGUAUAUAUUGCAUUUUGAUAGGUGCCCAACAUGGGAUUUUGUUAUGGCUUGAAAUACACAACUCAAAAAAAAUAUAGAAUACCUGUUUUUUUCAUGUGGCUGUAGUUAAUCUGUCCUGACAGACUGACUACAGUCAUAGGAAAACAACCAUGUCUUCUUAACUUCUUUUGAGUAGUAUAUAUUAAAGAUGGCAUGACUUACACUAAUUUGUUGGCAUCUAAGUGUUCUGGUCAGUCAUAGUUAAACAUCAUUAAAGUUAUUGUUUGCCUUUCAAGGACAAAUUGCAGGUGUAUAAAGAAUAGCAAUGUGAUAUUUAUUCAUCCAGAGCAUCAAGUCAUUUAGUCGUUCAUUCAGUCAUAAGUGUAUGUGUUGAAUUUGUUUUGUUACUUUGCUUCUCGUUUGUUUGAAACUUAGAUGUGAAUAUUAUGUUGUGUUCAUGCUUUCGUAUACAAGGUUCUAUUUACAAGUCAUGGUUGUGCUAUUUCUGUGCUAGAACAGAAGUCCUUUAAGUGCUGACUAUUCACAUUAUAUAUGUAACAUUUUUUCGAAACAGACAGUUGAAUGAUUAUGUUAAAUAGUGCUUCUUGUGACUUCCUAUCGAUAUCUCAAGUCACAUUGGUCAUAAGAGAACUAUUUUUAAUUGCCAAGAAUUAAUAAUGAAAAUGUACAUCAUUUGAGUGCUAAGAUGGGCUUAAUGUAUACUGCUCCAAAGAAGUUAAGAACUCCAGAUACUUUCAUAUGACUAUAGUCAUGACAGAUUAACUGUAGUCAUAUGAAAAUAUCUGUUCUUUAUCUUCUUUUGAGUAGUAUAUUUGCUCAGUGACUAACACAGAUAGCUACACUGCACAUAUGUGGUAUCACAAGGCGAAGUCUGUUUCUUCAAAAACAUCAGCAUAUAUAAAUUAAAUUAAAUUAAAAUGGGAUGUAUAUAAAAAAAGACAAAAAUGUUUUUUGAAGUGUCAUGUGAAUUAAAUUUAAAACAUGCUGCAAUACAUACUACUCAAAAGAAGUUAAAGAACAUAUUACUUGAGUUAAUCUGUCUUUUGAGUACAUGUAUUUAAAAUGUUAUUGUAUUAAUGAUGACAAGGUUUAAAUUCCUGAUUAAAGCCACAUCAAGCUGACACCAUGAUUUAACUGCAGUAAUCUCCAAAGCAGCAUAACAACUCACUCACUCACUCACUCACUCACUCACUCACUCACUCACUCACUCACUUUUAAAAUGCUACUGCUCGUCUAAGGUGCUGAACACACACGUGCAUGCACUUCAAUGUAUAUGUGCAAUAAUCUUGGAGGUGACGUUAAGCCCCAUUUCACCGACCUCUAAGGUGCUAGAGUUGGUUAUGGAGUUAUGACCUGAGAUUAACCCCAAUUAUGAACCUUGGUUUGUCAACCAUAUAUGUUCUUCUGACUUUUGUCGUUAACAUCUUAAGGCUGUCACGCCGAAGACCCGGGUUUGAUUCCCGACAAAGACGCAAUGUGUGAACCCAUUUCUGGUGACUCCUGCCAUGAUUUGCUGGAAUAUUGCUAAAAUCGGCAUAAAACAAUACUCACUCCUUACUUCAGCUGACAUGCCAUGAUGUAACUAAAUACUGGUCAAAGUGUCAUUUAACCAAACUCACUCACUCACUCCAAAUUGGGGGGCACGGGUGGCCCGGGUGGCCCAGUCGUCUAAGGCGCCGCAAUUCGCUUUGCAGAGUUGCGUUCCUUGGACACGCCAGAAACCUAUGAUAG